GCCAAUACAGAUUACAAUUUACGAAACUUGCUUGGCAUCGUAGCGGUUGCGACUCUGAAUAGGCAGAGAAAGCGAAACUAAAAAUGGGUGCAGAAGCACAAGACGUUAAAGAAGCAGAGAACAAGCCCAGCCCCCCUAAUAACCCCAAUGCCAUCACACAAUCCCAGUUCCUCUCCUGGAAACGCCGCAAGGAGGCUGAUGCAGUGGCUAGGAAAGCUGAAGAAGCAAGAAAACGAGAGGAAGAUAUAGCUGCAGGGACUGUGGAAAUGAAUGGCCGGGAGCUUUUCACUCAUGAACCUUGGGUUUUUGACAACUCUCGUUAUUGAGAUGAUUUAAGUAUCCCAAAAUGUAAUUUUUAAAGCCACAAUGGACUCAUUCUUUGCUUUUCAUGCUGGAGGCUUCAUACGCAAUUCCCCUUGUUACUUAUAGUCUUCCUUCUUAGGAUAGUUGUCUUAUGUAUUCUCAUAUAGUAUAGCAGUGAGCAAUUGGUGGAUUAAGACAUAAAGCUAUCCCCAUAAGGCUCCACUUAAUCAGAGAAACGAAGUAAUGCAAGUGUUCCUGUUCUAUAAGAGCUCUCUUUUAAUGGGUUGGUCCAAUGUCAUGUUGCAUGAUUCUAAUUUCUUUCUGAAAGAGGAUUGCUUGUCUUCAUAUAUAUGUGAUACUAAAGCUUUCUCAAGAGAUAAUUGUGAUAUCAUCCUCUCAUUUCCGUGACAAAAAGGUCCAGGUUAAUGUAU